CAUUUUAUUGGAUUUGAUAUUGAUGAUAAAGUAUUGAUAAUAUUUAAAAAUAAGAAAAAAUUAUUAAAAAUGGAACUUAGUAAAGAAACAGGUGAGCCUAUGGAGGUAGACGAGCCAACUGUCAGUCCAUCCAAUGUUCAUAAUAAUCAUAUUAAUAAAAAGAAACAAUCUAAAUCAAGUAUAUCAACACCAGAACCUAAUGAUAUAAAGGAUAAUUGGAGUAAUAAGAGGCAUAAGAAAGACAACACACGCAGUGAUACCUUAGAACCUUUGAAAUUACAUGUUCCGCCUUCUUUAGAACUUACCACUCCUACAUUCAACUUAACUUCUUCUUACACUAGAACGCGUCGUACUACAGCCAGUAUAAAAAAGUCGGAUGUUAGUAAUGCUAUUUUCAAAAUCCCAUUUGAGCAUGGAUGGAAACGAGAAUUAGUUUACAGAACACCAAGUGAAUCUGCUGUUCUCAAUCGGGCACAUACUAGAGCUGAUGUAUACUAUCAUUCUCCAAAUAACCAAAAACUACGAUCAUUACGAGAAAUUCAGGAACUAUUGAAUAUUUCAUCUGAUAAAAGUUUUCUAACUACAGAUUAUUUUACUUUUGUUAGAAAACCAAUUGGUGUCAAUGAUAGAUCAAAAGAACUGAUCAGAAAUGCACAUUUCAAAUCAUUUAAGGAAAACACUUCUGUUGGCGCUGCUGUUCAAUCUAAAAAAUCUAAAACACCUACUAAACAACGUCCACCAUUUAAUUAUGAUUUGACAGGCAAUGGAAACAAAAAUUCUGCUAGUAAAAUGAAAAUUGUUUUUAAAACUGUAAAGACUUCCUCAAGAUUAAGAUCCAAAAAAGGGAAUUCAGAAUCAAUGGAUACAUCUUCAUCCACACCUAAAUACAUAUCUGAAGACCAGCAAGCUGUUCAAUCUAGUAUAUCGACAAAAGUUUCUCCUAAACUUGAGAACAUUGAUAUAAAUACCACAAUCAAUAAAAAUACAUUGCCAGCAUCAGAUAGGAAAAUCAUCAUGCAGACUCGUUGUGGUAUGCGGUGCCCUAAUAUUGAUGAACCUGUCUCUUUAACGUGUACUCGUAGUCUAAAUCUCUUAGGUACUGUGGUUGUUGGUACUACUAAACCGGAGAAACUACGUGUUGAACCGAUUCGUAAAAGACAAGUUCAUCAAGUAUCAAGUACGCCAAUUUCUAAAAUUGAAGAACCACAUUAUAAAAUUGAUGAAUAUAGAGAUGGAAAUGUAUCCAAAACUAAAAUGGUCGAUGAUAGUUUUUACGUACAGUAUGUUUAUGAGUAUUUAUAUGUAAAACGAGGAUCUAGUUUAAUGACUAUUGUUAUUCAAGAGCUCAAAAAUUUGCCAGAGAAUUCUGAAAUGAAUGGUUCAUUUAAAAAAAUGUCAACAUCUUUAACAUCUAUGCAAACAUUUAACUACAUGGUUAAAGCAUUGGGACACGUUUUUAAAUAUUUAAAUACACGUGAGCUUGUAUCCGCUUCUAGAGUAUGUACCGCCUGGAAUAUAAUUGCAAUGAACAAGUUAUUAUGGCAAAAUUGUCGUUUAAAAAAUGCUAUGGUCUAUAACUGGGAAAGGUUUGUAGACUCGAUUGAUCAACAAAGAACUGAUACGUUAGAUACUAGACGAAUGUCAAUACCUGUACAAAAUGAUGAAUUCAAAAAUUUUUGGUUGCAUUUUUCCAAAGCAAUUAAAAGAGCACAGAAUUUAAAAUUCAUUGAAUUGUAUAAAUGUCCUACCCAUGUAGUUGAAGAUAUUAUUCACUCAUUACCUCAACUUGAAGUACUUAAUGCAACUUCAAUAAAAAAUCCAAAUGUAACAAAAGAGACAAAAAAUCCCCAUGAUCUUAUGGCCCUAAACUUAAAUUAUUUAGGCCAAAUGACAAACCUCACUGAGUUAAGACUAAAAGGUUUAACUGGAAUCAAAUUAACGUCAUUGCCAUCAUUUGAAAAUUUAAUAAAUUUAAAUAAAUUUUCAUUAACCUCUAUAAAUUCAUUUCCAAAAGACAUCUGUCAGAGUUUGGAUACUAUUACUGAUAACAUAGAGUUUUUGGAAAUUGGUGAUUGCGAUGUCUUAUCAAAAGAUUUUGCUGUGUCACUAAAAAGAUUUGUCAAUUUGAAAUCGUUGAGACUGGAAAAUUGUUGCGGUAAAUGGGAAAGUUAUGUACAAGACGUUUUUACUGCUAUAAGGGGUCUUGAAAAGCUUACUAUUCUGGAAUUGGUAAACAUAGAAUUCAGUAAUUGUGUUGAAGAUGAGUUGGAAAAAUGUGUUGGCAUUAAAGCUUUACUGAUUAUUCCUACUUAUAUGAACAAAUCUGCAACUACCAACUGCCACUUGAUUGACUGCGUCAAAAAACUCUCCAAGACUUUAACACACUUGGUUUGGGGAUUGACUCUUGAAUUACUUCGUGUUACUGAUAUAUUUAUAACUGCAAAUCAACAAAACCAGCAUAGUAUUGGUUAUAAUUUAGAAUUAUCCCAUACCAAUGAAAAGACCAACCACAUACCUAUACUAAGGACAAGAAAACCCAGACAGCGACCAGAAGAAGAGUCUGCUCCCGAAAAUGACAAGAAUAAAGACAAAUUAGAUGAAAUUAACUUACUUUCAGUUACUGAUCUAGAGAAACUGUUAGAUACAAUGAUGCCAGAUGCUAAAACUAGGGUAAUAAAGGUUCCCUUUUCAAGAACAGUUAGAGUUUAUUUGAGUGAACAGUUUAAUUAUCUUUGA